GCUGAUGUAAAAUGCAAGGCGGUUUGGCCGCCUUGUCAAUCGCGAAAUUUUGUUUGCAGCUCCUGAUGCAAGCUACAAACACAACAAACCAUGCAUACACGACUCUUAGUGCGCACAAAUACGCUGAAACAGCUACUUCCGAGGGCGUCAGCUCAAAUAGAAUUCUCACGGGCCAUUCGAGCCGCCUCAUUAUCCACCUCGUACCUCCCAAAACCUGCCUCAAGCUCUCUCAGUGGUCACAGAAAUUUCUCAAGCAACCCCAUCCUCUUCAAAAAGAAGACUCGCGCAGAACGAGAAAAGGAAGAAGAAGCCGCUGAAGAAGAAACCGAAGUCGAAGACCCGCACGAUUUUUCAACACUCGAAGAAGGGAUCUCCAAAGCUCUCGACAAGCUCAAGAAUGAUCUCUCCAAGCUUCGGACAGGAGGCAGAUUCAACCCAGAAGUGUUAGAGAACCUGAGGGUGCAUUUGAUCAAGGAUAGUAAAGCCAGUGAGAAGUUGGGAGAUUUGGCACAAGUUCUGCCGAAAGGGGGAAGGAGUUUGAUGAUUUUGGUUGGGGAGAAGGAGCAUGUGAAACCUAUUAUUUCUGCGAUUCAGGGGUCGAGGGAUCUGAAUCUUCAACCGCAACCCGAUGCUCAGAAUGGAUCUCAGUUGAACGUUCCAAUUCCACCACCAACGAAAGAGUCUAGGGAUCUGGCAUUGGCAGCUGCGAGCAAGGCUGGAGAGACAGCCAAUGUUGGGAUUAGAAAUGCCCGAGGGGCAAUGCAGAAGAGGUUAAGAGCCAUGGAGCUGAAGAAGGCGGUACGACCGGAUGAUUUGAAGAAAGCACAUAAAGAGAUGGAGAAGGUUGUGGAGAAAGGAGUGGCUGAUGUCAAAAAGUCUGUGGAUGCUGCACGAAAAACUAUGGAGCAAGCGUGAUAUUGUAUUCUACAAGAUCUGUACAUUAUA